UGCUUGGACCAAUAGAGCACAGUGGAAGUGACACUGUAUGACUUCCAAGGUGAUGUCAUAAAAAGCUCUAUAAUUUCUGCCGUGCUCACUGAAAAUACUCACUCUUGGACCUCUGGGCCACCUGUAAAAGCCCAAGCACCCUGAAGCUGCCAUGCUGGGAGGAAGCCCAGGUCACACGGGGAGGCUACAUGCAGGGUCUCCAUUCACAGUCCCAGCUGAGCCCAGGUUUUGGGCCCUCCUGCCUAGGAGCCACACUUGUGAGUGGAGCAGCCUCCAGAUAAUUCCAGUGCCCAAUCCUUCAAGUUAUGGGGCCCCAGACAUGAGGAGCCCUCCUAACUCCGCCCUGAGUGCCUGAUCCUCAGAACCUGUGAGCGUAAUAAAAUGGGCCUGUUCUGUGUCCCUAAAUGUAGGUGGUCUGUUACACAGCAGUAGAGAACCGGAAUGUCCCUCAUUCACAAAGACUCUGGCAACACUGCAGUUUCCAUCUCCUUCCCGAACUGCCAUCUCCUGGGGGACUUCAGUGUCACACAAAUAGCCUCCCAUUGCCAACACUCUGGCCUCCCAGUCCUUGACCUCCUCACCCACAGCAAUGUCCUCACCUAAGUCACCUGGGCUAACUCUUCCAGUGAACAAACAGCAGGGUCUAGUGGUUUUAAGGGACACUGUGUGGGCUGUUAUAAGGGAAAUGGAGGCUUCCUCUUGUAGCCCCUCCAAAGGUCCUGUGCCUCCCCCUGGUGUUGUCAACAUGCAGGACAUUGGGAAGAGCUGCAGGUCACAAAGUCACCAUGUCAACCUUCCUGUCAACCAUAACAGAGAAUUCUGUCCCCAGGGUGGGGGAAGGGCCAGGCAGGUAGCUGGAGGCAAGUCUCCCAGAGCUAGCUGCUGACCCUAGUCCCUGCGAUCUGGGGAGGUACCUGGUGGAGGGCCAUAGUGUGCACUGGUGAAAGGGCAGGAGGAGGGGUGUGGCCCCUGGCAUAAGGGGAGGCAGCAGAGAAGGGGCCUGUGCUCAGCCUCUCUGGGCCCUGGCACAGGCACCCAAGAGUGAGAUGGGGUCACAGGGACGGCCAGAUAAUGGGGAGCCAUGAGUCCCUGGGGCCCUACUUCCUGGUCUUCCUGCUGCUGCUGCUGCUUCCUCCACCACUUUUUAGAGCAGGAAGCCUUCGGUACCAUGGACCUGACUGGAGAGUCUUUCACCGCCUGGCCCUGGGCUCCAGGAGGUCCCACCACCACCAUGGCCCAGGAUGGAGGCAGCACUGGCGCCAGGGGCAAGCAGGUCACAGAUGCCAGGGCUCAUUUGACCUCUACUUCAUCUUGGACAAGUCUGGCAGCGUGAACAAUAACUGGAUUGACCUUUAUAUGUGGGUGGAGGAAACAGUGGCGAGGUUCCAAAGCCCAAAUAUUCGGAUGUGCUUCAUCACCUACUCCACAGACGGCGAGACUGUCUUGCCACUCACCUCAGACAAGAAUAGAAUAAAAAACGGUCUUGACCAACUUCAGAAAAUUGUGCCUGACGGACACACAUUCAUGCAGGCAGGAUUUAGAAAGGCAAUUCAACAGAUCGAAAGUUUCAACUCCGGAAACAAGGUUCCCAGCAUGAUUAUUGCUAUGACUGAUGGAGAACUGGUGGCACAUGCAUUUAAGGACACUCUCAGAGAAGCUCAAAAGGCUCGGAAACUGGGGGCCAACAUUUACACCCUGGGUGUGGCUGAUUAUAAUCUGGACCAGAUAACAGCAAUUGCAGACAGCCCUGGCCACGUGUUUGCAGUGGAGAAUGGCUUCAAGGCCCUGAGAAGCACCAUUGAUGCCCUCACAUCAAAGGUCUGUCUUGAUGUGACAUCGGUGGAGCCUUCCUCUGAGUGUGUAGGAGAACCCUACCAUGUGGUUAUUCAUGGAAAUGGCUUUCAGAAUCUAAAGACAUGGGAUGAAGUUAUUUGCAGAUUUAUCUUCAAUGAAAGCACUAUCAUUGAUGAAAAGCCAACCAGUAUCGACAAUAAUUCCAUGAAUUGCCCUGGGCCAAAACUAGAAAAACCUGGAGAGGAGUACUCUAUUGAAGUCAGCUUGAACAAAGGCAAAACAUUCUUCAAGAGCAAUGUCAGCAUCACCAGCACCACAUGUGGCAUUUUCCGCAACUGGCUCUAUUUUGUGCCACUCCUGCUGCUUGUGCCACUGCUGCUGUGUUGUGUCUGGCGGCUGUGCCGCAAGAAGACUGUCAAGGAGCCACCACCUGUGCAGAAGCCAGAAAAGGAGCCAGAGCAGGAAAAACCACCAUCACCACCACCACCGCCUCCGCCUCCACCACCUCCACUCCCGCCUCCGCCCCCAGCUCCUGUAAACACCUGCCCCACUGUGAUUAUUUGUUGCUGUGGAUGCCAAGGAGUGGGUGGGAUGAGAAGGAUAGAGGGCAAUCUGGAUACCUUUUGUGACCUCUCUCACCCAAGCUGCCACCAGGUGCCAUGGAUGUGUUGUCAGCGCAGGGACCAGGCCAUCCCCACUACACACUCAUACAAAAUGAAGCAGCACAACUCUGAGUCUCUUGAGCCAAACUCUACCUCCCAUCCAUGCUGAGGAUUCUCCUUCACCUUAUCCUGUGGAUGCUCAUUAUGUUAAUGGGAAACAAUAUUACUCGAUCCAUCAGGAAAGUCAGGCUAAUAGUGUGAAACCUUACUCUCUGUCACCAAAUAUAGUGCCCACUAUGAUAUAACAGCCUUUCCAGUGAGUUUAAUUCGUGUGCGCACCACAGCAGGAGGCCCUUUAGAAACUGGAUCUCAUUUCAUUCUCACAACACCCAGGAAGGCUCAUAGCUGCCAUUCAUAUAGAUCUUAAGGUGGGCCAGACACUGUUGCAACUACAUUCCACAAACUAAUAUAUGCCAUAACUCUAUUGUGGGGAGGAAGCUAGAGGCCCUACAAAGUUAGGUAACCCACCCAGGGUCACACAGCCAGGAAGCAAUAGGACCAGCAUCCAACAACCUGGCUCCAGGUCCUUACUGCGUGCAUGGCCACCUCUCUGUCCUGCAAGGUAGUCACUACUGUCUGCAUUUCAGAGCUGUGGACACCGAGGCUCUGAUGUUUAGUUAUAGGCUCAACGUGGCAGGGUUGUUGAGUGGUAGAGCCGGGCUAUGAACUGACCUGAGGGGAGGCUCAUGUCUGAGUCAGGUUCCACCCCAUGUCCUGCUGUCAGAGUGAUCUAUGGAAACACCUGCAAGUGCAUCUCUCUACAGUGCAAAAUGUCACACAGCAGGUCCUUGAAUAACAUCAUUUCAUUCAACGUCAUCUGAACACUGAGUGAGAAAUGAUGAUGCUGAUCAGAAAAAAAUCCAUUCCCGGCUGAGGCCAAUGUCUGUGUGGAGUUUGCAUGUUGUUGCUAUGGCUGCAGGGAAUUUUUCUGGGUACUUCAGUUUCCACUUACAUCCCAGAGAUGUGCACAUCAGGUGGAUGGGCGUGUCUCUAUGGGCGCUGUGUGAGUGUGUGGGUGUGUGAGUGCACACUGCAAGGACAUGACAUCCUGUCCAGGGUUAGUUCCCACCUUGCACCCUGAGCUGCUGGGAUAGGCUCCAGCCUCCUGCGACCCUAAGCUGGAAUAACUGAGUAAAUAAUUAUGUUAUUUGCUUUUAUUAACUUUUCUUAAAGGUAUGUAUAGCUCACAUUUAUUUCAAUGUUUAAUAUUAGAAGCAUUUUGGUUUUUAUUUAGAAGUUUGAUGAUGCCUUCAUGACUAGAUAUAUGCCACAGGACCUUAAUUUACUAAUAUCAAUUAAUCUAUGAUCCAGUCUGUUUUCUUGUACACUGUUUCACUGGAAGUCAUGAUUUCCAAGAAACUAUCGACAGCUUCUAAUGAGAAUUUACUGAAAUUUACACAUGAUACAUUUGUGAAUAUUAAUAUCUUGAUUUCACACUGUCACUUGCAGACCUCCUUCUAAAUUCAUACUCAUGUUUGCUGGGAGAGUUGUUCUGGGUAACAGUUGGAGCUUAAUGCAGACGGGCCUUAGGAUGCAUUCAUGACCAUGGAGCUCCUGAGUUCUCCUCCUGGCCAUAUGCCCGUGGAGGGCACUAGACCAAGGGACAGGGGUGGCAAAGCCAAGCUGGCUGUGGCCUCCAACUGUCCAGGAAUCCCAGCUUGCAGCUGUUCUUGAAGCCAGUACUUUUUGGGAAAGUUUCAGAUCAUAACUUUGGUAUUGCAAUUACAGAGAGCUUCCCUUCGACUCCUCAGCACCACCCCUCCAACCCCAACACACAUGCACACAAACACACACACAUUUCUGUAACAUAAUCGGGAAAUACAAAUAUUGAGCCAAAACUCCAAAGCACUGGCAAUUAAGGUUUCUGAUUGUUUGCCAAUCACUUCAGGAAAUGUCCCUUUACCUUAGAGUGGCUGAGCUGAUGUGAGAAGUAAUUAGUUGCUGGCUUAGAUAUCUGCAAUCAGUAGAGAGGCAGUGAGGAAGGAGACCCUCUCAAACUCCAGGAACCUCCUCACCACCUUACACUUACCCCACAGAUUCAGGGGGCAGCCACCUGGAGGUCUCCUCUACUGUGAGGCACCCCAACCCUGCUCCUCUUCAUCAGUGCAAGUGUAGACCCAUACCUCAGAGCUCCCUGGAUCUCCUGGGAUAGACUGGGGCAGAGGAGGGGAGGUGGCCUCAGUGUUAGUGCCCGGGGUCCUGCUCCAGAGGAUCCCUCAGCAGUGGGUAAACACUAGGUCUGGAAUGAUUGUGGUAAGUUUUUACUGGAAUGUUUUGCAAUAAAUAAGUAGAAACAAAGAAGGUGGAAAUAAACAUGAAAGAUUCCUUUCUCUUUACAAUAGCAAUAAAAAACAAAAUACCCAUAUAUAAGUGUAACACAAAUGUGCUGACCCAUGAUGAAAAGAAACUAUAAAACUUUACUUAUUGGUACAAGAGAAAUUUGAAAAUAUAAGAAUCUAGAGCACAAUGUCAACUUUUCCCAGAGGAAUUCAUGAGCUUGCUAUGUUAUUUUAGUGAAAAUUGUAAUGAAACAUUUUUAGGGAAUUUGAUCAAAACGACAAGUUCCCUUGAAAAAAAAUAGACAGUUAAGAAUCAUUAAGAAAUUUUUAAUACAGAAAAGCAGUGAGAGAAGACUUGCCUUAUCCAAUGUUAAACAUUAAGCUCCAAAAAUUAAAAUAAUGAAAAACAAAAGGCUGACAAAAUAAUGGUCCCAAAUCGAGCAAACACUACCUGGAAUAAAUAGAGUAUAUAAUUGUGGUGGUAGCCCCUGGUACUGACAGUGUGUAUGCAGGUGAGCUCAAGUGCACUUAUGGAUGUUUAAGGAUUGUUUAACAUAUGUCAAAAGAAAAACAUCAGGCAAAUUAAAUGUAACAGAGUUGAAUU